AUGGUUAUAUCGCGUCGUUUUCUCAACAUUUUGCUGCACCUUCUACACUACAACGACCUGGGGCGUGUGGAUCAACAAAUCGUGGAUCGACAUGGGGCAGCCUGCCUGGAUGGCUCUCGCCCAGCAUUUUACUACGCCCCCGCCAAUUCCACCGCCUUGAACAACACGUGGGUCCUCUACUUUAAGGGGGGCGGCUGGUGCUACUCGUACGACAACUGCGUAGAGCGUGCUGGGACCGAGCUGGGCUCAACCGUCAACCUUUCGAGCCACUUUACCUUUACCGCCGGGCCUGAAUCGGACAAUGUCCUCAACAACCCUGACCUGGCCGGCGCCCAUCGUGUUGUGCUCUGGUAUUGCGAUGGAGCCUCCUUUGCCGGUUCUGUUGAGCCCAAGGACUCGGCCCUCUUCAUGCGGGGCCGCCACAACCUGGAUGCUAUUCUCGAGCACUUGGCUACGCAUUUGGCCCUUGAUCAAGCCACUGACGUCCUCCUCUCUGGCGGAUCUGCCGGCGGCUUGGCCUCUUUUCUCCAUGCUGACUAUGUUCGUGCCGCCAUCACCGACUUUGGUGCACCACUCCGCCGCUACAAAGUUGCCCCUGGCUCGGGCUUUUUCAUGAACCAUAGCAAUGCCGAAGGAGUCCCGCAAUACAUUCAAGAAAUGCAAAACGUCUUUCAGAUGCAGAAUUGCAGCAGCGGCGUGAACCAGGCCUGUUUGGUGGGCGAGGAGGAUCCUCGCAAUUGCAUCUUUGCCCCGGUCACCUGGAACUACAUCCAGGCCCCCAUCUUCCCCCUGCAGUCGGUUCUUGACUCGUGGCAAAUGUCCAACAUUUACCCCAUGGUCUGGUCCAGCUGCACCAAGAAUCACUUUGAAGAAUGCAACAGUACCCAGAUUGAUGGGCUGAACGCGUUUGCAGCUUCACUCAUGAAGGCCGCGCAAACGCCGGCAUUUUCAAAGCCCGGAAACGGUGGCUUCUACCACAGUUGCCUCAUGCAUGUGGGUGAGCAAAGCGGAGGCUGGACCCAAUACCACAUUAACAACGUCUCCAUGGCCGAUGCCUUUCGUGCCUGGUGGAACGCAGACCCUUCUGCGCCGGCCGCUCAGCACACCUACUACCAAGACACCUUUUUACAGCAUGCGUCCCCUCACCAGUUGUACUUUUCCUUUGUGCUUUACUUCUCUCUUUCUCAAACCGACCAAUUCAUUAUUCUCUCUCACUUAUCUCUCUCAAAAUUGCAUUUACCCCUCUUAAAUUGCAUUCAUCUCAAAGCUCUCUUUUUGCUGACAAGUGGCGUCUUUUCCAUUUUCCCUUCCAAGCCGAUGACCAACUUUUUGCGUGACACCACCACCCCAGGCUUGCCCUUCGAUCCCCCUCCUUACUGCACCACUUUCAAUGACGGCUGCAAUCUCUGUCAGCGUUUCGGAGAGAACGAAUGGGAUUGGGCGUGCACAGAGAUGGCCUGCGAAACUUAUGGCACUCCCCAUUGCAACAAGUACACCUUCCCAAGCAACUGCACCGCCCUGGAGUGCGACAGCAAGUGCCCCUCGGGCUACGUGCUCGACGCCGACGCUUGCCCCACCUGUGAUUGCGCAACCCCUUGCGCUCAAGCAUGCGCCUAUGGCGAAAAGUGCAAGGAAGGCACCUGCGUUCGUGAUUGCGACAUGGGCUGUCUCAUCGCCAUCGACUGCGCUCCGUCCAUGCCAGGCUGCAAUGUUUCCAAGAUUGUGCCCCAUGAUGUCUGCGGGUGUCAGACAGGCUGCCCCACCAUGGAAUGCGACCGUGGGGCUGGCGAGCAAUGCUUUCUUGACUUUCACUGCGCAAAGCAACUCACCUGCCAGGACGGCCGCUGCGCGUGUCCUCGCACCAAGGACUGCCCAAGUGACUGUGUCUAUGGAUACGCCUCCGACGCGUACGGCUGUCCUACUUGCACAUGCGCCGAUCCGUGUGCCAACCAUGAUUGUGGUCCAAAUACACUGUGCCGACCUGAACCCAAGCAAUGCUUUACCACCCCUUGCCCCCAAUACGCCUGUGACCCCAUUGACAAAUGUGUUACCAUGAGGUGCAUGACGGGGUACAAGUGCGCCCAGGGCCAGUGCAUACGCGACUGCGACCUUGACUGCCCAGCCCCGCCCAAGUGUCCACAGGCCCUUGAAGAGUGCGCCGUCUCUCUGAUUAUUCCGCGUGAUGAAUGUGGUUGCCAAACGGACUGCCCCGAUAUUGAAUGCAAUCUGGGCCGCGGCGCCACCUGUCACGAAGAUUCACACAUCUGUUAUAAAAUGAUCAACACAUUGUCAUACGCGCCAGUUGUGCCCAAGGUCUCUUCUGCGAGCAAGGCCGAUGCCAAUGUGGCCUCUUAUGCAACCCAGGAUGCCGAUACCACCCAGAGCGUCGAAAGGAGCACACACGAAGGCACCGACGCCUCCAGCACGACCGUCGACUGCGGUUUUGUCUGCAUGAUCUAUUGUGAGCAUGGCAACGUCCUCGACGAGCGAGGCUGUCCCACAUGCAGGUGCAAGGAAAAGCCUUGCUCCGCCACGAGCGACUGUGGACACGGUACCCAAUGCCGCCAAGGCUCGUGUCAAGCCUGCCUCUGCCCGGAGAUUGAUUGCUUCAUGCCCGAGGGUUGUGUCCCUGUUGAGGAUACACUUGAGUCAACUGUCGUUAUUGGAGCAUGUGCUUGCCAGGGCUGUCCACGCUACCGCUGCACGACUGGAGCGCAAGUGGGUGACUUUUGCGACAAUGACCGAUUCUGUGCCUCGGGCUUGGCUUGCGUGCGUGGAAACUGCGAGCAACUUCGACCAAACAACCCCACAACUUAUGUGAUUGGCACCAUUCGCCUUCCAGUUGCUCUUGAUAUGACGUCAACGUUGACACGUGUGAGCCAGGAGCUUCAACGUGGCCUUCAAUCUCUGCUUGGAUUUGCUGUCGAAGUCCAUGUGUGGCUCGUGGAAUCACCUCGAGCCCGCCGUGAUGGCGAUGAUUCGCCCGUCGUCGCCGUGGCAAGCACAAGCACGGUGCUUCGCUACCGUGUGACAAGUAUUGGUGACAAUGUCGACGAGACGGCUUUGCGCACCAUGCUGGAAUCCUCGACACUGCAGAAUGAAGUGCGGGAAAAGACAGAUUUGGACCUGGAGUUUCUUGAAGUUGAGGAGAGCGGCCGCGUUACUGCCUUGGAGGAACAACCAGCGCGCGCUGUCGCUCCUGAAGAUGACAAAGCGUCCAGCACAUCCAUGAUCGUUAUCGUUGGCGCCGCUUGUGGAGCUGUGGUUCUUGUUGCCCUCACAAUCGCCGCCGUGGUGAUGGCUCGUCGCCGCAACAGCGAGUGCGUACUAUCGGCGAGGCCCCCUCCUAUGCAUGAUGUCUGUGGAUCCUGA